AUGAAAGUGCCAAUGCUGAUGCUGUUCCUGUUGCUGGGUGUCGCAGGUACGACCGUUCGAGGGGAACCUUGUUUGGAGCAAGCUCGACCCCAUGCAACCCGCUGUGAUCAAUACUUCCGCUGUGUGCUACUACCAUCGGAGACCCACGUUUGGGUACCAACGCAAUGCGCAAAGGGAUUAAUUUACGAACCACAGCUUAAGACCUGUGUUGUGCCUGGUAACGACUGGGAAUGUGACUUGUCGGCCGAGGUAUUGAACGAAAGUGGCGAAAAUGUUUACGGUAUCAAUAAUCUGCCAGCGGCAUUCUAUACGGCCCCAACCGUUCAACCACUGAAACCCACGACUGUACUGGGCUCAGACAAUAUCGCAUCCGACAACUCGAUCACUGAUCAUCCACUGGCAGGCCUUCCCGCUAUCGGUAGCGACAAUGAAGGUUAUUAUAUUAUGCUGGAUCGCGAUGGAAACAAUCGGACGACUAUCUACCGCAAAUCGGAACAACACAGGGACGACGAAGGGGAAGAGGAGUUUAGCGGGGACGGACAGUUGGUUGAUGUGGAGCUAACGACCGUUUCGGUUGCUCACGAGAAACACUCUUCCGCAUUGGCGGCAACUGGAGACAAUGACGAUCUAUCACCGACUAAGUUAAACUCGUUCUUGAAUGAUUACAAAGUGAAGUCUAACAGUGCGACCUCAGUGAAGUCUAAGCGGAAACAACCCUUGCCAGCGGACGGUAAAAUUCAUCCUGACCAUAUGAUGGCCAUCAUAACCCAACAGAAGAAAUUAAACACAUAUGCUAAUCAAGUGAAGCGAAAGGGAGAUCCUACUGGUGGCGUCGGAGAUAAAUCACCAUUCUAUGAUCAACCGAUUUUCACCGGCCGCCCAGAAGGCUCGAUCAUGUUUAAUGUACCACAACGGGUUCCGGAAGAAUCGCAUAGUAAAGCUCCUCUCAUGUCUGAAGAUGUGAUCAGGAGUAUCAUUGAAAUUUCCAAACAAAUGAUGGCAAGUCAUAAACCCCACAUGGAGGAGAUGUAUGUAAAGCCAAUCUUCAUCCCAGUGUCGGUUAGCUCCUCGACGAAAGACCAUAACAGACUUCCAGACAAACCCACCAAGGUUAUGUUCCACCAAAUGUUUCCAUCGCUUUCCAACAAUACCACCCAGUUUAGUGCUAAACCGAUUGGUAUUACUAUAACGAACCCUUAUACUCUAGGUCAAGCUACGAUCUACGAUAACCUACGUGAUCAGGUCAUGAACCAUCCACAGUACUAUAAUUACCAGGCAACAGUUAUGGACGCAUACGGGAAUCGAUAUCCAUCUCAACAAUCCAUGUCCAACGUCAAUAUGUUCCCUUAUCCUCCGACGAUAGCCUAUCCCGGUUUUAACCAGCAAAACUAUCAAUAUCCCAAUGCCUACAACAACGAGUUAGAACUGACGAAUCGCCUACGAAACACGGUUGGAUAUGAAAACGAAGAUUAUUCAUCCAACGAGAAUGCACUUUCGGAAGAGGAUGAUGACGAUGAUGAUAAUGAUGAAACAUUGGCUGCAAUCCCGGAAGAAGACGAGUCGGAAUCCGUCAAGCUUUCCUCCAACGAUGACAAUGUGGAGUACGAUGAACAUGCGGAAAUGAAAAAACUCAUAUCGGUUGGCGGAAUUACGUUGAACUAUCACGAUUACAAAGACAGUAUUCUGCCGCUUCUCGACGCUAACCCGGAUGAGGUUAGAAUUUCCGUUCUAACCUGCACACUGGGGUCAAGGCAACCGAACAAAACUGACUGCACCAAGUACUAUGUGUGUAAUCCACACAACGGAGCGUUCCAGUCUUUCACGUGUCCAUCCUUUACGGCAUUCAAUGCGGAAACCCGAAUAUGUGAUACUACGACCUACAAGGAAUGUCUGAUUAAGAAAACACAGAAAACAACAACCACUACGACAACUCCUCAGUCAACCACGUUAACACGGCUGGUAGAGAUUAAACAACAGAACCAACUGACCACGGAAGCCAAUCAACUGAAGCAGGAUCUUAUGACUGCCCACAAAUACAUCGAUUUGAUCAAGAAGCAAGCCAUCAAGAUUCUCAGUCGAAACAAAGUGACAACUGAAGCCACCUCGGGAAGCAGUACCCUGGAAAGUGGAACCGUUGGAAUUACCAAUCCAACCAUGAGCAGCUUUUUACCGUCGAUCACCGCUCCAAACAUUCCGUCGACCGUAGCAACGAAGCGGCGUAAGACCAAACCGAAACGUAAAUCGAAACCCUCUGGCGGUCAUAGCAAGAAGCGAACGAAGGCCACUUCCAAAUCAGCAGCGUCAAAACCGACUACCACAACAACGACGACCACACCGAAGCCCGUUCCGAAAGCUCCCAAAUGCAAACGGAAUGGAAAGAUGCCGGAUCCGGCAGACAAGCACAACUACUACGUGUGCUACAAGGCCAAUCCGAGGAAAUUCAUCAAGACUCGGAUGGCCUGCCCGGGCCAUUUGGUAUACUGCGGGGAGACCGAGUACUGUACGAACGAGAAGGACUGCAAGAAACAAUGAGAAGUGAGUUUGUUUAUAGGAUUGU